AUGCUCAAUCAGAUCCUAAGGCCGUACAUCUCAUUUCCAUUCCGGCGCAUUUUCUCAUCCCAGAAACGGCGCGUCUCUAUGUGUUCUCCAGAGUACCGAGAUUUAUUUGGCUACACCUCCGGCAGGUUCCUCUACAAUGAAGACCUGCGUUUACGCGAGCGUUAUGUCAAAUUCGACUACGAUGGUCUUUUACGGGAAGCUGAAAGGCACCUUGGCCCAGGCCACGGCCAUCCCAUCCAAAUGGUCAAAAUAGCGGAAGGUGGUUUCAACCGAGUCUUUCUCUUGACCAUGGACGAUGGAUUCGAAGUGAUUGUCAAGAUUCCAUAUCACAUCGCAGGGCCAAAGCACUAUGCCACUGCCAGCGAAGCUGCCACCAUGAAAUACCUUCAUUCCAAGGGUAUACCUGUGCCCAAACUAUAUGGAUUUUCUUCAUCGAAUACAAACCCCGCCGGAGUGGAGUAUAUUAUCAUGGAAAAGGCUCCAGGUGUCGGUUUGGAGACCAGAUGGCUAAGUAUGAGCAAGCGCGAACAACAUAGACUGGCGUCCAGCUUUGUUGAAAUUGAGAAGAAGUUCUUUGAUCUGCCACUCCGGUCAAUUGGAAGUAUUUAUUUCAAGGAGGAUGUUCCCAUCGAACUUCAGACCGCGCUCUAUACAGCGAACACGGAAAAAUGCCAAGAUGCCGAGACAUUUUGCAUUGGUCCCACUGCCGAUUACAUGUUUUGGUAUGGGAGAAGGGCCGGUCUGGAUCUUUACCGUGGGCCAUGUAAGUGUGCUUCUGUCCAUCACGAAAUCCAGCUGUUAACUAUCGCAGGGAAUGAUCCCAAAGAUUAUCUGUUAUCGGUGGCACAGAAGGAAAUUGAAUGGAUUCGGCGGUACGGGAAGCCGUUAGACCUCGACUUCCCUCACAAUGGUGUAUUCCCUGGAACAAAGUCCCCCGAUGAUUAUCUUGGUCUUCUGGAGAAGUACGUGGCGUUGGUACCAUAUUUGCUUCCAAGUGCCACUGACAGUCCACUAAAUCGGCCCACUCUUCGCCAUCCAGAUUUGAACCCAAACAACAUCUUCGUUUCCCCCGAGUCCGGUGCCAUCUCAUGUAUCAUUGACUGGCAACACACGACAGUUGAGCCUCGGUUGCUAGUCGCAGGGCACCCACGUACAUUUGAAAACCCAGAUGCAGAACAACCCCCUCAGCUGAAGGAACCAACUCUUCCAGAGGAUUACGACACUCUUCCGGCCGACGAAAAAUUCGAAGCUGAUGAGCUCCACCGACGCCGUCUCAUCUCUCAUUACUAUCGUAUAUUCAAUGGCCACCUCAACAAGGAGCACCUUGAAGCUCUUCGCGACCCCCUCCUCUUACCUCGCCAGCACCUUGUUGAUAGGGCAGGCAGGCAAUGGAGUGGAAACUUGAUGACGCUGAAAGGAGCUUUAAUCCGCAUGAUCGAUUACUGGCCCCAAUUGCCUGAUACAAAGGGGAUAUCUUGUCCAGUUUGUUUCACCGAUACAGAGUUGGAUGAAUUUUCCGAACAAGAGAAACUAUGGUUCGACCUGAACAAAGUGGUGAAUCACUGGCGAGAGCAGAUUGGUGUUCUAAGUGAAGAUGGCUGGCUCGGCAAUGAGCUUUUUGAAGAGGCUGUUCGGAAGACUACUGAACUUGAGGACUCUCUCAUAGCUAGUGCAGAGGGCGAUAUGGAGGAUAUUGAUCUCUUGAAGAAGGGAUGGCCCUUCAGAGAUCGUGAAGAGAUAAACUGA